UUAAGACAGUCGCGCCCAGGCGAUAUGCGCACGCAGCUAAAAGUGGGCUUCACAAGACAAGAUGGCGGCCGCGAUGGAUGUGGAUACCCCGAGCGGUACCAACAGCAGCGCUAGCAAGAAGCGCUUUGAAGUGAAAAAGUGGAAUGCUGUAGCACUUUGGGCUUGGGAUAUUGUUGUGGACAAUUGUGCCAUCUGUAGGAAUCAUAUAAUGGAUCUUUGUAUUGAGUGUCAAGCCAAUCAAGCUUCAGCUACCUCUGAGGAGUGCACAGUUGCAUGGGGAGUAUGUAAUCAUGCAUUUCAUUUUCACUGUAUCUCCCGCUGGCUGAAGACUCGACAAGUCUGUCCUCUGGAUAAUCGGGAGUGGGAAUUUCAGAAGUAUGGACACUAGAUGUGAAGAGCCUAUUUAUGAAUGUUACUCACUGCUGAUAGAUUGCAUUUAAUUAGAUAUGGACUCCAUUGUGUUAAAUGUUUGUUUUGAUUAAAAAAAACAAAAAAAAACCUUUUUAUUUAAUUUUUUUUUAAUAAAGAAUUCUUUCCUCCUUAAA